CUUUGGCGUUGGAGCGGUAUGACGUCUGUGUUUUAUGAUCUAUUUUUUCAGCAACUAGCAAGCUAAACAAAUUCAUUGUAAAGAAUUGUGGCAAAGUUUAUUUCGUUAAACGCAGUUAGUGAGUUAAAGGGCAGUCGUCCCGGAGUGGGCAUGCUUGAGGCGGGCAACGAGAGACUGCAGUCCCCUCAGUAGCAGUCACCACGGCAGAGGACAUCAGGCUGGCCGUCUGCAGGGUGGUCAUCUACCUCCAGAGGGACAGGGACAUGUCGGGGGAGAGCUGCCUGCGCCCACAGCACCCAGUGGCUGGGCCCAGCUCACCCAGGUCCCUGGCUACCCUUCCCAAGGCCAAGACCUGCAGCUACCGUGGGGCGGCGGGUCUGGGGAACAAGUAUGUGCGCCUGAACGUGGGGGGCACACUGCACUACACCACCGUGCAGGUGCUGACGCGCCAGGACACCAUGCUCAGAGCCAUGUUCAGCGGCAGGAUGGAGGUGUUCACUGAUAAGGAAGGCUGGGUCCUGAUUGACCGCUGUGGGAAACACUUUGGUGCCAUCCUCAGCUACCUGCGGGAUUCCAGCGUCACCCUGCCCAAGACACGGCAGGGUAUUCGCGAGCUGCUGGCCGAGGCCAAGUACUACCUGAUCCAGGGCUUGGUGGCUGUGUGCCAGAGCGCCCUGCAGGACAGCAAGGAGCAGGCCCUGUGCAUGAUCCCAGUCAUCACUUCUGUGAAGGAGGAGGAGAGGCUCAUUCAGACCUGCACCAAGCCUGUGGUGAAGCUGCUCUACAACAGAAGUAAUAACAAAUACUCCUACACCAGCAACUCGGAUGACAACCUGCUGAAGAACAUCGAGCUGUUCGACAAGCUCUCUCUGAGCUACAACGGCCGCGUGCUGUUCAUCAGGGAUGUGAUCGGGGACGAGAUCUGCUGCUGGUCCUUCUAUGGACAGGGCCGCAAGCUGGCCGAGGUGUGCUGCACCUCUAUCGUCUACGCCACAGAGAAGAAGCAGACCAAGGUGGAGUUUCCUGAAGCGCGGAUCUACGAGGAGACACUCAAUGCCCUCCUGUACGAGACGCUGCCUGUGCCGGACAACUCGCUGCUGGAGGCGACACGACGGCGUGCCCACUGUGGCUCCCACAGCGAGGAGGAGGAGGGCGGGGAGCUGAGGGAGCGUGUGCGCCGCAUCCACGUCAAGAGGUACAGCACUUACGAUGACCGGCCGCUGGGCCACUAGCCCCGCCCCCGCCACACCGGCAACCCCUCCCACAGCCUUCGCAGCCAGCCUCAGAGAUGUAAACGGCAUCCCAACCAAGCUCAUAUACCACCCGGGCUUUUUUUGACCAAGCAAUAAUAGAAAGGUAACAGCUAGUUUAACUGUGAGACAAGUAGGUACAUCGGUCACACCACAGCAGAGUUAGGGACAGUUCCAUUUCAGUUCUGUGAAUUCAGGAAAUUGGUUGAAAUUCAAAUGAAAAUGAUGAGCAAUUUAAUUCUUUAAGUGAAUUAUAGUUAAACUCCUGAAAUGGUUGAAAUGGAGCUGACCCCCAUCUCUACACCAUAGCGACCAGAGCGAUGGAAGCGUGCAGAAAUAUGACCCAAAGCCGUAUGCUAUAGAGGCUUCUGUCAGAAAGGGAGCAAGGUGAUCUGAUAACUGAUGGCGGUGCUGCCUGUUAACACUGUUGGGAUCUCUGGGCUCACUGUGUCAAUGUGCAUGCUGGUGCUCCUGCGCAUGUACUGCCAGUGCUGGUGGGUUCCAUGGAAGCCUUACAGAUCAUUACAGAAAUGCUACAGAACACCUUCCUUCAUUUGGUUCAGUCUGCUGUUUGGGCUGCAGUGUUACAGUGCCCAUUCUGCUGUGGUCCAUAGAAUUUCCACACCAUAUUGUUCAAGAAUUUCAUUAAUCCUUAAAGUGCUUUAAAAAUAUUUACAAUGUGAGAUCGUCUUUGUUACUAAUUUAAUGCAUAUUCUGGUCCUUGGUUUUACUGUUGCAUUUUUUGAAUGUUUGG